ACCGUCCCCGCUACUUUGGACACCAAAAGCAAGGCAAACUGAAAUUGUGCCUCAUCCAUGGCGACUGUCGUCUCCUCCACCGCCCUCUCCCUCCGAAACCCUAACCCUAAUUCCACCCUCUGCUUCCUACACAAACCCCUCCCCUCCUCCCUGUCCCUCCUCCGCCUCCCCCAUUCUAACUCCCUACACCUCCGCCUCUCCCGCCCCUCCAAAUCCCUCGUCGUCUCCUCCUCUCUCGCCUCUCCCCCGCCGCCGCCCCCCACCCUCCUCCCCGACUCCACCCGCACCCUCUCCUCCCUUCUCGCCCUCGCCCUCUCCGUCUCCAAGCUCGUCCUCUCCCUCCCGGCCCGCAUCGCCGCUGCCGCCACCCGCGGCGCCGUCCCCUCCACGGUGGAGCUUGCCGAGAUCCGGGACCUCCGGGGGAGCCUCGCCUGUGCGGUGGGGCCCCUCUUCUUCGCGGCCCUCAAGGACCGGCCCAGCGGGUACCUCAAUACCCCGCUCACCGUGGUCGCCUCCGGCAUGGCCAAGUGGCUCGACAUCUACAGCGGGGUUCUCAUGGUUAGGGUCCUUCUCAGCUGGUUCCCCAACAUUCCCUGGGAUCGCCAACCCCUCUCGGCCAUUAGGGAUCUCUGCGACCCUUACCUCAAUCUCUUCAGGAACAUCAUCCCGCCGGUGUUUGAUACCCUGGAUGUGAGCCCCCUUCUUGCUUUCGCCGUCUUGGGGACUCUUGGUUCGAUUCUUAACAACAGCAGAGGGAUGUAUUGAAGGAGCUGCGGACAAAGAAGGUUUUUCUUUUAACUUCUCUCUAUGCAAUAUUCAUCCAAUUCUGUGUUGGUUGAAGCCUCUUGAUUAGGUUGGUUACGAAUAUAUACGCAUGUGAUUGUCUAUGAGUUUGAUACACAAUAUCUUGAAGAAGAAAUUUUGUCUUUUUUUCCCUUCUUUGCCUUAAA